GGCUCGGCGCUCGGCUGGGGCGGCCUGGCCCACAAUGAAUGGCCGCCGCGGCUGCCGCUGCUGCUAAGGCGGAGGCCGCGGAGGCCGCGGAGGCGGAGGCCGAGGCCCCGGCGCAGGGGGUCGCGCCCCAGGCCCAGGCCCGGCCCCAGCCGCCGCUGCGGAGCACGCCAGAAGUCCUCGGGACGCGGCCGCGGCGCAGCUGCCGCCAUGGCCCAGACCCUGCAGAUGGAGAUCCCGAACUUCGGCAACAGCAUUCUGGAGUGCCUGAAUGAGCAGAGGCUUCAGGGCCUAUACUGUGAUGUGUCUGUGGUGGUCAAGGGCCAUGCCUUCAAGGCCCACCGGGCUGUACUGGCUGCCAGCAGCUCCUACUUCCGGGACCUGUUCAACAGCAGCCGGAGCGCAGUGGUAGAGCUGCCAGCAGCUGUGCAGCCCCAGUCCUUCCAGCAGAUCCUCAGCUUCUGCUACACAGGCCGGCUGAGCAUGAACAUGGGGGACCAGUUCCUGCUCAUGUACACAGCUGGCUUCCUGCAGAUCCAGGAGAUCAUGGAAAAGGGCACUGAGUUCUUCCUCAAGGUGAGCUCCCCAAGCUGUGACUCCCAGGGCCUACAUGCUGAGGAGGCUCCAUCUUCCGAGCCUCAGAGCCCCGUGGCUCAGACAUCGAGCUGGACGGCCUGCAGUACCCCAUUGCCCCUCGUGUCACGCGUCAAGACAGAGCAGCAGGAAUCGGACUCCGUGCAGUGCACGCCUGUGGCCAAGCGGCUGUGGGACAGCAGCCAGAAGGAGGCUGGGGUUGGUGGCAGCAGUGGUGGCAAUGGCAGCCGCAAGAUGGCCAGGUUCUCCACAUUGGACCUGGCCACCAAUCGGCCGCCCCAGCAGGCCCUGGCGGCGGCGGCGGCGGCAACAGGGGGCGUGGUGAGUGGGCCCAGCAUGUCUGAGCGGACCAGCCCAGGCACCUCAAGCGCCUAUACCAGUGACAGCCCUGGCUCCUACCACAAUGAGGAGGAUGAAGAGGAAGAUGCAGGCGAGGAGGGCACAGAUGAGCAGUACCGGCAGAUCUGCAACAUGUACACCAUGUAUAGCAUGAUGAAUGUUGGCCAGAGCGCUGAGAAAGUGGAGGCCCUCCCUGAGCAGGUGACCCCUGAGUCCCGGAAUCGCAUCCGGGUACGGCAAGAUUUGGCAUCUCUCCCAGCUGAGCUAAUUAACCAGAUCGGUAAUCGCUGCCACCCCAAGCUCUACGAUGAGGGUGAUCCCUCUGAGAAGCUAGAGCUGGUGACGGGCACCAACGUGUACAUCACAAGGGCACAGCUCAUGAACUGCCAUGUCAGUGCAGGCACGCGGCACAAGGUCCUGCUGCGGCGCCUCCUGGCCUCCUUCUUUGACCGGAACACACUGGCCAACAGCUGUGGCACUGGCAUCCGCUCUUCCACCAAUGACCCCAGACGCAAACCGCUGGACAGUCGUGUUCUCCAUGCUGUCAAGUACUACUGCCAGAACUUUGCCCCGAACUUCAAGGAGAGUGAGAUGAACGCCAUCGCGGCUGACAUGUGCACCAAUGCCCGCCGAGUUGUGCGGAAGAGCUGGAUUCCCAAGGGGAAGCCGCCGGAGGGUGACACCUACACCACCUUCAUCGGUGACACGGGCAAGCUGGAGCCGGACAUGAUGGGCGUGGAGCACAGCUUUGAAACAGCCAGCCACGAUGGCGACGCAGGCCCCUCAGCUGAGGCCCUCCAGUAACCCCCCCACCAGGCCCUCCACAAGGCCGCCACACUCCCCCUCCUGUCACCCCCCACCUGCCAUCUUGGCCACGAGCUACUGUUUGUCCCUCCCCAGGACCCGCGGGGUGUGCUGCAUGCUCUCGGCCCCUUGGCCUCCCGUCCCACCCCCGACCCCAGUCCAAGUGGGCUGGGAGAGGAUGGCAGUGGUGCGAGCUC